UGCCUUUACAGGCGAGAGCGUCGAGAGAAGCACACGUAAGCGAGAGAGAGGGGUCGAAAGCCAUAGUUUUUGAGCUGCGAGAUUACGAGAGGAGGAGAAGAACCGCACGACACUGAACCUUCUCCCGAUCGCCAAGAAACCACGAUCUCCAAUCCCCCAAUCCACCCAGGAACCCACCCCUCCCGAUUCGCCCCGAUCGGGAGCCCGGAUCGAUCGAAAGGCGCCGCCUUCCCGCCAAAUCCGCCAUCUUUCUCUGGGAUUUGAUGCGCGGAGUCCCCAGGUGAGGUGAGGGGAAGAAGAAGGAGGAGGAGGAGGCGGCCAUGGCGUGCAGGGGGUUCUUCGAGUGGGUCCUCAAGCUGCUCAACUUCGUCGUCAUGGUGGUCGGGCUGGCCAUGGUGGGGUACGGCGCCUACCUGCUCGUCGUCUGGCUCCAGGUGCUGCCCUCGCCGCCGGCGCCCCCGCCGGCGGUGGCUCCCGGCGGCGGCGGCGAGGUGGUGCGGCUCGGGAGACCGCUGCUCCUCCUCCUCGAUGUGUCCAUGUCGGAUGGGAUCGAGGAGAGGCUCUCCAGUGCAUGGUUUAUUUUCACAUUUAUUGGUGUUGGUGUUAUACUCUUCAUUACAUCCAUCUUCGGUUGUUCUGGAGCAUCGAGGGGCGGAUGCUGUUUAUCCUUUUAUUCGUUCCUCAUUAUUUUGUUCAUACUGGUAGAGCUAGCUGCAGGAGGCUUCAUUUUCUUCAACCAUAGCUGGAAAGAUGUAAUUCCAGUUGACAAAACUGGUAACUUUGAUAUGAUGUACAGCUUUUUGAAGGACAAUUGGAGAAUCGCAAAAUGGGUUGCACUUGGAGCUGUACUAUAUGAGGCAGUGCUGUUCACUGUAGCCAUCAUAGUGCAGUCAGGCAAUCAAGCAGAUUAUGACAGUGAUGAUGAGUACAUUGUGCCGAGGUCGUCAACCCGGCAGCCAUUGGUGAACAAGCAACCUGUUGCUGACCCUAGGGUACCCAACCUCGACUACCGUCCAAUCCGGAAUGAUGCGUGGAGCCAAAGAAUGAGAGAAAAGUAUGGGGUGGACACCUUUGAUCCUAACAGGUUCCAGCAAGCGACAAUAUCUCCUGCAGAACAAAGAAGCCGAUGCACCAUCCUCUGAAACUUGGUUGAUAUCAGUCUCAGUAGCACCUCUGGAUUUUACAACUCAACUGUACAAUAACAUCGAUUAGUUCCGGGAUAUUGUUCACCAGGUUGAUAUCUUGAUCCAAUGCUGUUCAGCUGUGUAGAAUGUGGAGCUGUUCAGAUAAAAAAAAAAAACUUGCACAGUUAGAGGUCUGUAUGAACAUUUUGUAGUUGAUGCGUCCUUCAGUCUUGCAAUAAACAUAAUUAAACUUAGUUUUGUUGACAGAGA